AUGCCCACUCAUGAACCGGUCAAUUGGAGACCUGGAAGAAUCCAGUCUCUCACUGGUGAACAGGAAGUCACCUUGAAACAAACCUGGGCCUACCUCUUAAAAUACUGGGGCUACGACGUCGCCAUUGCCGAUGAAGAUCUUGCCUUCAAGGAGUGCUUCAUCGCUUCCCUCUCCACGAGCGCUCGUGACGGCUCGGAAAAUGGUGCUGGCACCAACGGAUUGGCCAGAACCACUACCAGGGGCUCCAUCAACUCCGCCCACACCAACAAGACCUCCACCUCCACCCUUCUUUCCAAAAAGAGAAGGGGCCUCUUUGGUGGAUCCAAGAAGGCUCCUGCUGCUGUGGUUGCUGCGCCUCCCCCAGACUCCAAGCGGAUGAAACAGAUCCAAACCAGCUCUUCGUUUGAACGUUACUCUCGCGUGGAAGAACCUAGUGAAAAGGUUUACGCUGCAUUUUGCCAGUUCUACAAACAAGAUUUCCUGCAUUCAGAAGACUAUGUUUCUGAGGAGGAGGAGGAUGACGAGUCCGACACCGAUUCCAUCGAGUCUUUUGUCACCGCAUCAACAUCCCUCACCGAGCCUGAUGACUACUACGCUCCUCCGAAUAAUUUCAAGUCUAGUCCAUCCAAUGGCUACGCUCAAUCCAACGGUCAAGUGAGCAGAAGAUCGAGUGUCUCCUACAAAGUCCCUACUCCAUCUGCCGCCCCUUCCAAGCCCGCCCGUACUGCUUCCAUCUCUCGUGCCCCACUUUCCAAUAUCAAGAUCACUACCAACCCUGGAAUAUUGUCGGCCUUAGCUCAGUACAAGCCAGCUGACUUGCAUGACACUUUGUUCAGUUCCAUGAGAAACGAAAUGCUCGAUAACUUUAUUUUGAGAUAUGUCAGAGCCAGAAAGUGGAACACCGAGAACGCUAUCCAGAUGUUGAGUAAAUCGUUGAACUGGAGAAGAAAUGAAAUGUCUGUUGUCAAGUGGGUCAAUGAAGGUGAUGCCUUGUCAUAUGUCACCGGAACCAACAAGGGUUUCGUCAAGAAUCUUCAAACUGAAAAGUCCUGGAUCAGAGGUCAUGAUAGGAAAGGAAAUCCACUUUUCUUCUUCCAAGCUAGAAAGCAUUUUGCUGGAGACUCUCCAGCCAAUGAAACCCAAAGAUACGCCGUGACAAUCGUUGAGUUCUGCAGAUUUUUCAUGAGGGACACCCAUGACUCAGCUGAUGAGACCUCUGUUAUUUUCGACUUGACUGGAUUCUCGUUAAAGAAUGCUGAUUAUGAUUCAAUUAAGUUUUUGGCUGAUAUUUUUGAGGCCCAUUACCCCGAGUGUUUGGGAGCAGUCAUGAUUUUCAAUGCUCCAUGGAUAUUUUCCACUGUUUGGAAUCUUAUUAAAAACUGGUUAGAUCCAGUUGUUGCAUCUAAGAUUCAUUUCACUAAGGACUUCAAGGAAUUGUCUCAAUUUGUGGACCCUACUUUCAUUCCUAAGGAUUUCGGUGGUAUGGACAACUCGGUCCCAACCUAUCCAAUACCAACCAAGGCAGACACCCAUACCAUCAAGAAGAAGGACGAAAAUUACAUUAGAAUAAGAAAGGAGAGAGAUGACUUGUACAUGAAGUUAAUUGAAACCACCAUCAGAUGGGUCGAGUCCACCAACCCAGCUGUCAGUGAACAAUACUACCAGGACAAAAUCAGAUUGGGCCUGCAAUUGAGUGACCAGUACCUCCUUUUGGAUCCUUAUUUUAGAUGUCCAAGUAUCUACGAUAGAGAAGGUACUUUGACUAUGAGGACUUAG